UCAACUUGGUUCUAUUCUACACUCAAACACAAGGUGGCAGUGUUCAAAAUUAGGACCCAUUGGUAUCCAAUGUUCUUUAUGAAAAAGUGCUUCCGGCGUCAACCUUCCUCUUUUCGUCUGGAUCGGAUUGUCGUCAUGGUGAACGUGCCAAAGACACGCAGGACCUACUGCAAGAAGUGCAAGAGACACCAGCUUCACAAAGUUACCCAGUACAAGAAGGGAAAGGAUUCCCUCUACGCACAGGGUAAGAGGAGAUAUGACAGAAAGCAGUCCGGUUACGGUGGACAGACCAAGCCUAUUUUCCGCAAAAAGGCCAAGACCACAAAGAAGAUCGUGUUGAGGCUGGAGUGUGUGGAGCCCAACUGCAGGGCCAAGAGAAUGGUGCCCAUCAAGAGAUGCAAGCACUUUGAGCUGGGAGGUGACAAGAAGAGAAAGGGCCAGGUCAUCCAGUUCUAGGCUGUGGGUCAAUCUAUUGGAUGGACUUAUUUUCCCCCCCAAUAAAUGUAUUAAAAUUGUA